AUGAGUAUUUCCCUAAAACACAUUCCUCUGGAUAUGAGGGCCGAGAAGUCCAUGAGAUUGUGUUUCCACGCAUUAGUUAUUCAAAGACUAGAGUCCGCAGAGAUUUCCAGAGAAACUAUUGAGUCGGACCGAAAGAGUGGGUCCAAUGAAAUAAAUGGUAAUCACAAGAACUGCUUGUAUUCCGGAAUCAUUAUAUCUCCGGUCAAAGGAAGGGCUGCCAUCACUCGCUGUGAUAAUAGCGACAAAAUGUACGCUCUGAUCAUCACUGAAGGCGAGGGAACGUUUGUUUUGCGUCCACUCGAGUCCACAUAUUAUCGAGAAAUUAAAUCCAAUGUUAAGAAAAAGUAUAAAGACUUGGAUUCAAAGCUUGAAAAGAGAAAACAAACUUAUGUUAAGCAUAGGAACGAAACGAAAGGCGAUUCCAGUGUUAAACAGGAUUUGCCGAAAGGAGUAGACCUUAACAGCAGUGAAGAUAUGACUCAAUUCAUGGCACAUGUAUUGGUUCGCGUCAAUCAAUCCGAGACUGAAUUUUGUGAUCUGGCUUUCAUUGAUGAAAACGACAGACGAGAAGCGUUUAAUGAAUUCAUUUUCAGCAAAGCAAACAACUCUUUGUAUAAUAUUCCCAAAAAUCAAAUCCUUAAAAGAAAGCGAAGAGCAGUGACUCAGAAGAUAAUAGAGACGGCUGUCUAUAUAGAUAGGCAUCUAUUGAAUCGGUUUAAUGGUUUGCGCUCAGAAUUGACUCGUUUAGUGCUGGCGAUCAUGAAUGAGGUGCAACUCAUCUAUAGUUUUAAAUCCAUGAAAACCAGAAUCAAAAUAGUAAUCAUGAAAAUGGUUUUCCUCAGUCAACCCGACAGCAGUCCUGAUACUGCCGAAGGAGAUAUUGAUGAAUAUUUAGACAACUUCUGCAGCUGGCAGUCAAAGAAGUGGAGACAAGAGAACUCAUCCAAUCGAUGGGAUCACGCGCUUAUGUUAACCGGAUUAGAUCUGUAUAAACAAAGUGGAGAUAAGAAAAACAAGAAAGUGUUGGGGCUGGCGUGGGUGAACGGUAUGUGCAAACCUGCCUAUAGUUGUACUCUCAAUGAAGGCAAGAGUUUUGAAGCCGCGUUCGUAAUCGCACACGAAAUGGGACACAGUUUAGGUAUUCUACACGACGGCACGGGCAAUAACUGUGAUGGCGAUAAGUUUAUAAUGUCUGAGAAAACAGGCCCUGGUAAAAUUAAUUGGUCACAAUGUAGUAAUAUUUACCUCGACAAUUUCUUAACUAAAGCAAAUGCCAAAUGUUUGGACGACGAGUCGAAUUUAGUUUCAAAUGAAUAC